AUGGCAUCCUGGAAAAAGGUAUUGGUAAUAUUUCUGGUAUACUAUGCUCUUCUUUUUAUCGGGGCAGCUAUCAUUAUGUUUAUAGAGGCCAAUGAGUUGGAGUCAAUACCUUUGGCUCGUAACAUAACACAGCCAUUGGUUCAUCUAAUUGAAGAGGAACUAAAUGUCACGGCUAAUAGCACCGUGAUAAACAGGGUGAUCGAACUCUCGAAAGAAAUCGCCGAGAAAUCGAAAAAAGAAAAGGAUCUGGAAUGGAGAAGAGAGAUUUCAUGGUCAGUCUUGUACAAAUGGAGGUAUUUCGUACACAUUACAUUAACAACUCUAGGAUACGGCGAUAUCGUACCCAUGACAGAUGGCGGCAAAAUAUUUGUCAUCAUAUAUGGCACAAUAGGCAUUCCAGUGAACAUCAUAUUCAUAACCACUAUUGGCACAGUGCUAUCUCAUUUAUUCCAAGCCAUCAUUAAGACAACUGAGAAACGAAUCUUCAAGAUCAGAAACAUAAACAAUGUGGAAAUAAAAACAUCUAUACUCUUGACGGUAUUCUGUGUUCUAUGGCUUGCUGUGGGUGCUGGUGUCAACACUUCGGUAAUGAAAUGGUCUUGGACCGAAGGGUUUUAUGCUGCAUUUGUGCGUCUGAGCACGAUUGGCUACGGAGACUAUAAAAUAGAUUUCACGAGAGUAAAGAGCUUCGGAGAGCUUAUAGCAUGGUACACAAAUGUCGGACUCGCACUAGCAGCUGGCGUUUUUGAUGCCUUUAGCACCUGGAUGCAGCCAAAGAGUAAAGCGAGCCAAACCAGUCAAAAGAGGAAACAAUCUCAAAUCGACAAAGAACAGAGCAAAAUAGGAAACCAAAACAAAGCUGUGGAAUUGGACGACAUAUUUGUAAAAACACAAAACGACAAAAUGGCUACUUAACCUUGGGCAUAGGACGAAGAAAAAUAAAUUAUUUUCUAUUAACUUUAAUGAUGCUGACAAUUUCAAUUUCAGGCACUUUGUUCGAAAGUAUAAAGAUAUAUUGUUAAAAGUUAUGUAAAAGUGCAUCUUGCACGUCACCAAAUAUAUUUACGUCUGCAGUGAAAGGAGAAAGGUCCAGCUUAAUUUCUUGAAAAGUUUAAUGAAAAGUUUAUUUUGAGGUUCAGUUAAGAAAAACAAAAAUAAAUCAGCCAAGAUCAAUUCUAUAAUCCCGUUUCUGCUUCUGUAAAUUUGUGGGAAUUAUGCUAAUGAACAUGAAAAAAAAUUAUCUUUCAUAGGACACAAAAAUGAUCUUAUUGAAGGCAAAUGAUAAGGAAUAUCGGUUGUAAGAAAUAAGCUUUAUUUACGCACCUGAACAAUACGGACGAGCGAAUCGGAAUGAUCCUCAAACACUUUUUGAAAAGCCUUGCUUGGUAAUCUGAGAAAUCAAAAUUACAGCUUGAAAAAUUGAGAAACAACAAACGCAGCCAAAUAAUGACAACAUUUCAUGGAAAGUCAAGAAUUAGAAAACUUUUGCAAUACAAUGCGAAAAUUAGAAAUGCGUCACUAUUUUGACAGAAGUAUGUCGGCCAAAUAACGAUUCUAAUUUGUCAACUGAAGUCUGUUUAUUGAGUACUUCGUUUUAACUUCGUUUAUGUUUACUUUCAAAAACAAUUCUUUCGAAUGUCAUUUUUAGUUAGCUUUCCGCAUAAAAUUAAAACAGUAUAACUUUCGUUUUGUUUUCUUUUUACUUUCAUCUGAUGCUUAUAUCAAAAGCUUCGUAAUACACAAACCGUCAUGAAAGCGAAA